AUGCGCCCAAGCAGCAGCAGCAGCAUCGCAGGGCGCGCGGGACCCCUCGAGCUUCCAGGGACGCCCCUUCGGGUACCACGAGAGGCGCUUUGGAGCCGGAUGCAGCUCAGCUUGGCUUUUGGUUGGGAAAAGUCCCUGCCCCGGGCAGCUUACAAUCUGCGGUGCGCUGCCCUACCGGAUAGGGAGGCUGGGGUCAACAGGAAAGGACGCGCGCGCACGUGUGAACGGCACGCGCGUGUUUCUGGGAGUGGGGUCCUCUGCAACAGGCGUUGCCCGGACAACAGCCGUCUCCGCAUCUCUGCAGGUGGGUUAAAGCGCAACAGGAGCUGCGGAGGAUGCGGAGGCCAGUUUUGGGUACCGGAAAAGCAGAGGACGCAGCGUUUCUUAAGGACGGGAAUCUCGUUAGGUGUUCCCAAACCUUCACGACCAAGGCACGCAUGCAUGCAUUUAUGUUGUAUACCGCCCUUCAUCCGAAGAUCCAGGGCGGUUCACAACAGAAAAAAACACAAAAUGAGAAUACAAAAUACAGUACGCAAUAAAACAAAAACACAAACUGGUGAAUGCCACACUUACAACCAGUUCCUUGUCUGGAUGCAGUACACCUAGGCUACAGAGAAGGCAGGCAGACAAGUUUCACAGAUAGCAAAACAUAUUUCAAUUUCUGUAGUACAGUAUGGAUCGUAUGGUCAAGGGUGCUGGCCCAGGUGGGCCUUUUGGGCGUGAUCCAGCAGGUUGUUCUGUCUGUCUAGUUAACUGGAUAACUUUGGGCCAAUCGCUAUCUCUCAGCCUAACCUACCUCACAGGGUUGUUGUGGGAAACAAAUGAGGAAGGGGGUGAACCAGGCACGCCACUUUGAGCUCCGUGGAUGAAAGGGUGGGAUAUGAAUGCAAUAAAUAAAUAAAAUAGUUCAGUGUUGUUUACAAUGCCUGGCAGUGGCUCUCCAGGGUCUCAACCUGGAUUCUCACCCAAUUUUACCUGGAGAGGCCAGGGAUUCAACCUGGAGCUUCUGGGGGCAAUUAAUUGAAAUAUACCGUAUUUUUCCGUGUAUAACACGCCCCCAUGAAUAAGACGCCCCCUAUUUUGGGGGACUAAAAAUUAAGAAAAUGGGGGGAGAUUGCCCAGAGUUGUUGAGCUUAUUUUAGGAGGGGGAUGCCGCAAAUCACUCACCCGCAGGACCGAUGCUAACACUUGUGCAUGUCGCAACAGCCUCCUAACCUUUGUCUGUCCCCCUCGCCAGCAGAAGCAGCCUGCUGCCCACCCAAUUGCCGCAGCAAUACCCAAUCAACACCACCCCUUGCCGCAGACAAAACCUAGUCUUAUACACGGAAAAGUACGGUAUCUACCCGCCGCACUGAACUCAAUAGGACUUCCAGGUAAAUGUGCAGGUGAUGGCAACCCUACGAACGCUUCUCUUGGAGUCAGUCCCGUUGGCUUACUUCUGAGUAGACACGCACAGGAUCACACUGUUCCCAGGCUAGCACAGUGAAGAUGGCAAUGCCAGAAUGGCUCUGCUCUGCUUUCACAGUUGGCGGCAGCAAUGGUUCUAAAUAUCAUCUGGGAACUGCAAGAGGGGAGAAUAUUAUUGUUCUGUGUUCAAGGGUUUCCAACAGGCACCUGGUUGGCUGCUGUGAGAACAGGAUGCUGGACACUCUUGUUAUGUUCUUCAUAGGCCUGGAUCCGGCCUGUUGCUGCCAUGAUAGCAACUCAGGAUGUAGCAGAGCCAGUUCUGCCCCGAAAACGCUUCCACUGGCAGCCACUGGUGAGCAGAGCUCGGUGGAAGGAUACCAAACCCCUUCAACACACCAGACAAAGAAGCAGGUCUAGAUUGCUCUGUUUGCUGGUCUUACUAACAUAAGAAGAUCUGGUCAAGGUCCUAUCUAGUCCAGCAUCCUGUUCUCACAGUGGCCAGCGAUACGAUACGAUACAAUCAUCUUUAUUGUCAUUGUCCCAUAGAGAACAUCAAAAUUGAAAAAAAUCUACAUCAGACAUUCAAAAACCAACAAGUCUGCUAUCCCAGCCUGGUUAACCCCCUAAAAACUCUGAUACAAUAUGCUAAAUAUAUAAAUUGAUAUAUAUAUAAAUAUAUACAAUAUAUUAAAUACAAUAUACUCCCAUAGAGAUUACCUUAAAGGUAAAGGGACCCCUGACCAUUAGGUCCAGUCGUGGCCGACUCUGGGGUUGAGGCGCUCAUCUCGCUUUACUGGCCAAGGGAGCCGGCGUACAGCUUCCGGGUCAUGUGGCCAGCAUGACUAAGCCGCUUCUGGCGAACCAGAGCAGCACAUGGAAACGCCAUUUACCUUCUCCCCAGAGUGGUACCUAUUUAUCUACUUACACUUUGACGUGCUUUCAAACUGCUAGGUUGGCAGGAGCAGGGACAGAGCAACGGGAGCUCACCCCAUCGCGGGGAUUCAACCUUCCAAUCAGCAAGCCCUAGGCUCUGUGGUUUAACCCAGAGCACCACCCGCGUCCCGAAGAGACUACCUUACACUGCGUUUAAAACCAAAAUCGCAUUUGAAUAGAAGCUGUUUCUCAGGCGGCUAGUCCCAGUCUUUAUAACCCUGUACCUUCUCCCAGAAGGCAGAAGAUGAAAGAGAUCAUUUGCGGGGUGUGCACUAUCCUGUACUAUCUGUGCAGCUUUCUUAUGACACCUGGAAGCAUAGAUUUGAUCCAAGGUGGGAAGAGUGCACCCAAUUAUUCUCUCCGCAGUCUUUACAACCCUGGACAGCAUUGUUUUUUCCCUGAUCGUGCAGCUCCCAAACCACACACAGAGACCAUAAGUUAAUACACUCUCAACAGUACAAUGGUAUAAUGCCAUCAACAGGUCCUUUGAGAGAUUAUUAUUUGAGAGAUUAUCACCUGUGGUCUCCAGCAAGUGGUAUUCAGAAGCCUGAUCCCAUCUAAAUUACUUCCCCAGCAUAUCUACUUAACAUGGCAGAGGUAAGAGCUUGCUGGCAGGCGUUACACUGGUAUAGAAGGCCAAAAGGGGGGAUUACGCCAUGGGCAGGGGACGGAUGUGUUGGAGGCAGGGCGAGGGGUAAACAAAGCGACUAUUCCCAGAAGAGCCAAUGAGCUGCCCUCCAGAUGCUGGACUGCAGCUCCCAUCUCCCCUGUCUGUUGGCUAUGCUGGCUGAGGCUGAUGGGAGUUGUAGUCCAACAAGAUCUGCAGAACACCACAUUGGUCAGCCCUGCUGUACCCUAACUCCCUUCACUCACUGAUCCUGUCCACAUACCUCAGUGAAGCCUUUGCUGUCAAAAAUGCAGGCGCAACUGAAUUUACAGGAGUUGGGGUUCAGUCAAGUUGAUGCAGGAAACAAUCAAAGUCCGCUCACACAAAGGGACGUUCUCUCACCCCACCCCACCCAUCCUAAAUCUGCUUUGGAUGGGCUAGGGAAAUUCCACACUGUGUGUAGUUGUGUCUAUUAACUUCACUGGACCUACUCAGAGUAAGACCAGCAUUGAAACAAUCCGAAAAAAGCAUUUUAAGAUUUAUGCAAAGGAUUAGAGUGCGUCAUUAAAAUGGGUGGGAUUCCCUUCCUAACCAGCCCUGCUUGCUUUUGCAAUAGGGCUUUCCCCCUCCCCUCCCCCCACCAGGUACCCCCAAAGUUGCUCUUGAUGGGUUGGGAGGGCAUGGGGUGGAAAAGAAGGGGGGUCAAUCCGCCUGGAUGCUCAAAGCAGACAGAAUGACUGGAAGAGUGCAAUAUUUAAUUCCACCCUCUGUCUGCCUCAUUGGCACAAUCUUGCGCUUUGCUUUCUCAGAAGUAAAGGAACAGAGGCAGGGGGAUCUGGCCCACUCUGGUCUUUGCAUGUUAGAGAUACAAUGCGGCAGCGCAAGCAAUAUGUGUGUGAUUGUGUGUGGUUUUCUGGGCAGGCUGUGGCGGAAGAAGCCUGUUUUACUGAACCCAUGUGCAAGAACAGAUUUUAUGAGCUUCACCCCAAGAAAGUGACUUCCAAAGGCCACCUGAUGGGCAGAGAGUGUUUGUGCGAAUUGGCCGGUGGAAUGAGGUCUCAGAGAGGAAUGAUUGCCCAUGCCUGCUAUGUAGCAAUGGUUCAAAAUCAUUUGUACAUGAGAGACUUGCAGCAGGAUGGGGGAACCUUUUUUCUGCCCAGGGGCCGCAUUGCUUUCUGGGCAAUCUCCUUGGGGCCACAUGCUGUUAGUGGGCAGAACCAAAAACGGGUGGCACAACAAAUGUAAAUGUUAUCUUUGUACAGGAGUCUAGUUUGCAUACACAUUCACCCCCGCCCCUUUGUAUCCUCCUCCAUCCAGGCAAGCAAAAGGCAUUAUCAAUAAUAAUAAUAAUAAUAAUAAUAAUAAUAAUAAUAAAUUUACUCAUACCCUGCCCUCCCCAGCCAAGGCCGGGCUCAGGGCAGCUAACAACCAAUAAUAAAAAUGAGUUGAAUGAAUACAACUUAAAAACAAGAUUAAAAUACAACAUUAAAACAUUAAAACAAUUAAAAUGCAGCCUAAUCGCAGGAGGAGAAAGGAAAAAGAAAGAGAGGGUGGGAAUCAAAUUGACUCCAAGCUGAAGGCGGAACAACUCUGUCUUGCAGGCCCUGCGGAAAAAAAUCAGAUCCCGCAGGGCCCUGGUCUCAUGAGACAGAGCGUUCCACCAGGCCGGAGCCAAUGUUGAAAAGGCCCUGGCUUUGGUUGAGGCUAAUCUGACUUCUUUAGGGCCCAGGACCUCUAGGGUGUUGCUAUUUAUGGACCUUAAGGUCCUCCAUUGGGCAUACCGGGAGAGGCAGUCCCAUAGGUACGAGGGUCCUAGGCCGUGAAGGGCUUAAAAGGUCAAAACCAGCACCUUGAACCUGACCCUGUACUCCACUGGGAGCCAGUGCAGCUGGAAAAGCAUUGGGUGAAUAUGCUCCCAUGGCAGAGACCCCGUGAGGAGCCUCGCUGCAGCAUUCUGCACCCGCUGGAGUUUCUGGGACAGCUUCAAGGGCAACCCCGCGUAGAGCGAAUUACAGUAGUCAAGCCUGGAGGUGACAGUCGCAUGGAUCACCAUGGCCAGGGCGGGGCGGGAGUUCUAGCCAAAACUACACAGGAUGAGAAGUAGGGUCAGUGAUGAGUGUGGCCUGGGGAGAAUUCCAAGGGCCAGUUAGAGAGGCUUGGGGGCCGCAUCCAGCCCCUGUGCCAAAGGCUACCAGGCCCUGGCCUAGAGUUUUAAUUUUUUAAAAUUAUAUUGCUGACACUUCUCCACUGCUGUUUUACGGUUCAUGGAGAUUCAUAUUUAUAUUAUAUGUUUACUUAUGAUUCCAUGACAUCACGGCAGCUGAACCAGUAGCAUUCCAUAGUAAGCAACAGCCCUUUUGUUAGCCCAUCGUGUAGAUAAGACGUGAUCUAAUUAUCAGCUUCAGUGAUAACCCACAUAAUUGCUUUCUGGGUGGUUGGAGUCUUACAUUACAUUACAGAACCACUUCCUGUAUUUCGCAGGUGGGUUUUUAAUGGUUUCUGAUGAGAGUACUGAUUAUAUUUGUGGUGGGGAUGUAUUGCCACAGGCCCUGCAGAGAAUGCCACUGCUAUAUCGGGGGAGCAGCUUAUUCUGCUGCUCCCCCAACAGCCCCCACCCCCAUUGAGUUAAUGCAGGAUUUUCUCGGCCACUCACAAACACUCAUCACGAGACUAAAAGCACUCAUUUCAGUGGUGUUUUUAAAAAUAUCUGAUCCUGCAACAAUCAAGAAAAAAGCUAAUAUCUGAGUGGUCAGUUGGUUAGUUCCAGCUUGGUACAAAAUCAUGCCAUUAUUAUUAUUAUUAUUAUUAUUAUUAUUAUUAUUUGCAUUUCAUGACCAUUUAGUUUCACUGUUAUAAUCCCCACCCAUGAAUAUGUCUGUCUGUUGGUAUAGACUUGCAUACAUACAGCAUAUCUGCAAGAUGACGGUAGCACUUCAUUAAUCUGAUAAACUGGGCUCUAAUCUACUUAUGCCAAAAUAAAUCUGCUACUUUUUAAGCUUCUACAAGUCUCUUUAGAGGGGGGAGAUACAGGCAGGAGCAUCCGGCGUGCAGAUGAGUUACACACAGAGAUUAGCCAUUUAACUUUAUCCACAUUGUAAGUGGAAAGCAUAAUGGACUUUCUCCUUACCCCCUACCUUGUGCAGGAAACGCACUCAUAUCAAGCUGGGUAGUCAAUCGGGCUUCCAGUCCAAGGAAGUGUUUGUGUGAAUACAGAACCAGAGGAGUGGUGUUUAUACAGGGCAGAGCUACAACGUGUGUUGUUUUUUUUUAAUGAUAUUUAUUAAAUUUUCAGAAAAAAGAGUUACAUAAAAAACAAGAAAAGCAAGAGCAAUAGACAGAAAUAAAAAUACAAGAAAAUACAAAAUACAGAAUAAAAGAAUAAACAACACUUCAAAAAAAAAGAAAAGAUAAAUCUUUCCAUACCUUACAUUCAUAUCCUUGUUUCCCUGACCUCCUCAUACCUCCCUCUUUUGUAUUCCAAUUCAAUUUGUUAGUCCAAAAAUUCCUUUCCCUCCUUUUUAAUCCUAAUCCUCAAUCUUGAUAUAUUGUAACAUUAGAUUUUUACAAAUUAAAAACCAAUUUUUCCAUAUUCUUUUGUACCUAUACAGCUAGAAACCACUUAACUUCAAUCCAACAUCAUUCUAACUUUCAUUUAUUUUGCAAUAUUCCUGUAAAUAGUCUUUAAAUUUCUUCCAAUCUUCUUCCACCGACUCUUCUCCCUGGUCCCGGAUUCUGCCAGUCAUUUCUGCCAAUUCCAUAUAGUCCAUUAGUUUCAUCUGCCAUUCCUCCAGUGUGGGUAAAUCUUGUGUCUUCCAAUGUUUAGCGAUGAGUAUUCUUGCUGCGCCACAACGUGUGUUUAAAGCAAGGCACAUUUAAAGCACAUUACUUCACAGUUUCGCCCCAGAGAGCUACCAGCCCUCUUAACACACUACAGUUCCCAGCGUUCUUUGGGGAAAGUAAUGCAUGUUCAAUGUGGGCUGGAUGUGCUUUAAAUGCACGGUGUGGCCUUUAUAUUUGUGAAUAUAAAACCUUUUGGUGCACAGGUAGUCUUUUCAUCACUCCUUCCUGCUGAAGGCCGUGGCCCAAGAAGAGUGAGGAAAAUACUUGAGGUGAACCACUGGCUUUUGGCUUCUUGGAUCAUGGUCUCCGCUUCCUUGAGGUAGGACUUCUGGCGAGAGAUGGGCUGCACCUCACAGCAGUUGGCAAGGAUGUGUUUGUCAAGAGUCUUGAGAAUCUGACCAGGAGAGCUUUAAACUAGAUCUUGAGACGACAAAAGAGCUCCUGGGACUGGGGGCAACAGCUUCAUUGAUGCACAGGAAAGUGAGGGGGUGUUCCAGAAACCCGCUAAAGGGCAAGAAACCAAGGGAAGGAACCAGCUCAUGGUUUCAGUUGUCUCCGCACAAAUGCACAGAGUAUGGGAUGAAGGAAUUGAGGGGAUGCUCAUCAAAUUUGCACAUGGCAGCACCGAACUGGGAGGGGUAGCUAAUGCCGCUGAAGACAGAAUCAGAAUUAAAAAUGACCUCCACAGAUUGGAGACCUGGGCACAAGCUAACAAAAUGAAUGUCAAUAGGGACAGAUGUCAGGUUCUGCCCUUAGGAAGAACCAGAAGCACAAAUACAAGGCGGGGGACACCUGGCAUACUAGCAGUACACGUGAAAAGGAUCUAGGGGUCUUGGUGGACCACAAGCUGAACGUGAGUCAAUCGUGUGAUGCAGCAGCAAAAAAAGCUAAUGCUAUUCUAGGCUGUAUCAACAGAAGUCUAGUGUCCAGAUCAAGGGACGUAAUAGUGCCACUCUCUUCUGUCUUGGUCAGACCACACUUGGAAUACUGUGUCCAGUCCUGGGUGCCACAGUUUAAGAAGGAGGUUGGCAAGGUGGAAGGUGUGCAGAGGAGGGCAACCAAUAUGAUCAAGGGUCUGGAAACCAAGCCUUGUGAGGAAUGAUUGAAGGAGCUGGGGAUGCUUAGCCUGGAGAAGAGAAGACUGAGAGGAGAUAUGAUAGCCAGCUUCAAAUAUCUUAAGGGCUGUCAUAUGGAGGAGGGAGCAUGCCUGUUUUCUCCUGCUCUGGAAGGUAGGACUAGAAGCUUCAAGUUACAGGAAAGGAGAUUCAGACUAAACAUUCAGAAAAACUUUCUGACAGUAAGAGCUGUUUGGCAGUGCAACAGACUCCCAAGCAAGGUGGUGGACUCUCUCUUUCCUUGGAGGUUUUUAAGCAGAGGUUGGAUGGCCAUCUGUCAUGGAUGCUUUAGCUGAGAUUUCUGCAUUGCAGGGGGUUGGACUGGAUGACCCUCGGGGUCCCUUCCAACUCUUAAUAUUCUAUGAUUCUAUAAGAACAUAGGAAGAGCAUUGCUUCCAGAUCAGGCCAACAGGUGCCCUCUCCCCAUUGGUGAUUCCUCCCAGUACCUGGCAUUCAGGGACAAAAUGCCUCUGGUUCCAGAGGCAGGCAUCCAGCCCCGCAGUUUGUGCCAGAUUAAUUAUCCCAAAGAGGUGUGAUCAUAUGCUUGUGUUUUUAAAAAAGGGAGGCAACAAUUGGUAUCCACACAUUGAAAGCAUUAUCUGAAGGAGUGUCUCCACCUCCAUCGUUCUGCCCGGACACUGAGGUCCAGCUCUGAGGGCCUUCUGGCGGUUCCUUCCCUGUGAGAAGCCAAGUUACGGGGAACCAGACAGAGGGCCUUCUCAGUGGUGGCGCCCAUCCUGUGGAACACCCUCCCAGCAGAUGUCAAAGAGAACAACAACUACCAGACUUUUCGGGGACAUCUGAAGGCAGCCCUGUUUAGGGAAGCUUUUAAUGUUUGAUGCAUUACUACUGUAUUUUAAUAUUUUGUUGGAAGCCGCCCAGAGUGGCUGGGGAGGCCCAGCCAGAUGGGCGGGGUAUAAAUAAUGAAUUAUUAUUAUUAUUAUUAUUAUUAUUAUUAUUACUAUGAGCUUGCCCAUUGGGCUCAUGUGUGCAUGAGAGAUAAAGAUUGCCUGCUACUCCUUCUGAGUUAAUCUGGAACAUUACAAGAACCUGCCAAUGGCCCCUCUAGUCCAGGAUCCACACAAGAGCAGUUCUCUCCUGGGUGGUUCCCAGCAACUGGCCUUCCGAAAAUGCUUCUGGCCGUGGAGGGAGAGCAGAGCCACUGUGGCCAGUAGUAGCCACAGGCAGCCAGCUGUCUUCUCCACAAAUUUGUCUCCUCCUCUUUUGAAGCCUGUUGUCUUUGUCCAUGGAGUUUUCUUAGCAGGGAUACUGGAGUGGCUUGCCGGUUCCUGCUCCAACUGGAUCACGUUUAGUCAAAACUCUCCACUAUGACCUGUCCAUCUUGGGUGGCCCUGCAUGGCAUAGCUCAUAGCUUCUCUGAGUUAUUCAAGCCCCUUUGCCAUGGCAAGGCAGUGAUCCAUGAAGGGGAACAACUGAUUGAUUCAAAAUUGGGAAAGGAGUAUGACAAGGCUUAUUUAGCUUGCUUAUUUAACUUAUAUGCAGAAUUCAUCAUGCGAAAGGCUGGGCUGGAUGAAUCCCAAGCCAGAAUUAAGAUUGCCAGAAGAAAUUAAAGAACCUUUUAAUGAGGGUGUAAGAGGAGAGUGCAAAAUAUGGUCUGAAGCUCAACAUCAAAAAAAUGAAGAUCAUGGCCACUGGUCCCAUCACCUCCUGGCAGAUAGAAGGGGAAGAAAUGGAGGCAGUGAGAGAUUUUACUUUCUUGGGCUCCAUGAUCACUGCAGAUGGUGACAGCAGCCACAAAAUUAAAAGACGCCUGCUCCUUGGGAGAAAAGCAACGACCAACCUAGACAGCAUCUUAAAAAGCAGAGACAUCACCUUGCUGACGAAGGUCUGUGUAGUUAAAGCUAUGGUUUUCCCAGUAGUGAUGUAUGGAAGUGAGAGCUGGACCAUCAAGAAGGCUGAUCGCCGAAGAAUGGAUGCUUUUGAAUUCUGGUGCUGGAGGAGACUCUUGAGAGUCCCAUGGACUGCAAGAAGAUCAAACCUAUCCAUCCUUAAGGAAAUCAGCCCUGAGUGCUCACUGGAAGGACAGAUCCUGAAGCUGAGGCUCCAAGACUUUGGCCACCUCAUGAGAAGAGAAGACUCCCUGGAAAAGAUGGAGGGCACAAGGAGAAGGGGACGACAGAGGACGAGAUGGUGGGACAGUGUUCUGGAAGCUACCAGCAUAAGUCUGACCAAACUGCGGGAGGCAGUGGAAGACAGGAGUGCCUGGCGUGCUCUGGUCCAGGGGGUCACGAAGAGUCGGACACAACUAAACAACAACUUUUGAAGCCACCCAGUUGGUGGCCACCGCUGCCUCCUCCUGUGGGAGGGAGUUCCACAGGUUAACAACGCACUGCUGCGCGGAGGCGGAAAAACAACAGCCUUCAUUUCCUCUGCCUUGAAUCUCCAGGGUUGUCCCCGAGGGAAUGGGAGACACUUUUCCCUUUCUCCUUUCCCAUAGUUUUAAUCCUGUCGCCUGUCACUUCCCCCCAUUAAGCAGCGGCGGCGGCGGCGGCGGCGGCGGCGGCCGUGAAUCCGGAUCCACCUGGCGGGCGAGGGCCGGCCGCGGCUAAUCCCUGAGCGGCGUUAAUCCGGAUUCCUGAAUUCGGAGUGGGAAGGAGGAGGAGAGCGCGGGGACCAUGGCUCCUCCGAGGGGCAGGCGAGCCCGAGGCCCGAGGAGGAGGCCGGCUGGGCGGCGGAAGCCCCGCUUCGGGGCGCUGUGGCUCCGCCUCAGCCGGGCGGCGGGCGAGGAGGCCGGGCCGAGGGCGGGACGGCCAGGCGAAGGCGGCACCGGCGGCGGCGGCGGCGGCUGCCUUGGUCUGGCGUGGCCCGGAGAGGGUUCGAGCGGCGGCGGCGGCGGUGUCGGGCGAGGCCGCGCGGGCUGAGGAGACCAGGCCGAGCCUGAGGAGACCAGGCCGGAGUCGCGCGGCGGCGGCGGCCCCCGCCCCAAGAGGCCGCCGACCCGCGGCGGGACAAAGAGGGGCCUCCGCCUCCUCCGCCUCCGCCUCCUCCUCCCUCAGAGGCCGGCUGAGAGAGGUAAGGACCCGGGCUGGGCCUGCGCGGGGGGCAGCCGGCCUGAGGAGAAAGGCGUGAGGGGGGAGAAAUUAGCUGGGGGGGAAUGGGGGGGUUCGGAGCCCCCCAACUAGAGGCCUUUCAAGCUGGGGGGUCAGGUAGACUGCGAGGCGGAGGGAGGCUCUCCUAGCAGGCUAGACGGGAGGAGGUGGGUGGGGGGAGUCCAUUGCCCCCCACUUCAGAGGUCACAGGCUGACCGGGGUGUGGGGGGUCUUUUUGUGGGGGGCAGCUGGGACACCCCCCCUCUGGCCCACUCGAGGUGGGCUGGUGAGGGAAGGGCGGGCGGAUAGCGAGGCUUCUUGUGCACGCGUGUACACGUGUGUUUCCUUAACACGCACCACCAGAGAAAGGAUGGUCUCCAGAUAGGUGGAAAGUGGAUCUGCCUCUCCUGGAGGAUCUUUUCUGGGGGAUCUGCAGCAGACGCAGCUGUCUCCAAAACAGAAGGAUGCUGCGACCUGGAGUGGGUUUUGGGGGGUCAGAUCCGCUCACUUCUGCUGCUCAAGACAAACCCCUGGACUCUGGAAAUUUAGAUUAUAAGUGCCUGUCUUGACCACCAGGUUCUGAGCAGUGGUUCUUUGGGGGGUGCCUAGCAAAAAAACACACAAAACCACACACACCCCCAAAACAGACCCUGCAAGCCUGAAGUCUGCCAAGAUGGAAAGAUGCCUCCCCAAGAUGGUUUGGAGUAAGGUGGGGGAAGCCCCCAGCCCCUGCCUUUAUCCCUGGAGUUAGGGAUGAAUGACUGUGUUUGGUGGGUUCCCACCUCCUCUUGCUUUUGAGACCCCUUGAGAUCCUUUUGCUCUCUCCUCCAGUCCGUCCUGCAUGUAGUCACAAUCUCUGGUGGGCUGGAUCUGGACACGGCCCAUCUAGCCCAGCAUCCUGCCAACCAGAUGCCUGUGGGAAACCCACAAGCAGGACCUGAGAACAUGAGCUCUUUCCCCUCCUGUAGUUUUUCCAGCAAUCUGGUACAGUGGUACCUCGGGUUACAUACGCUUCAGGUUACAUGCACUUCAGGUUACAGACUCUGCUAACCCAGAAAUAUUACCUCGGGUUAAGAACUUUGCUUCAGGAUGAGAACAGAAAUCGUGCUCCGGCGGUGCGGCGGCAGCAGGAGGCCCCAUUGGCUAAAGUGGUGCUUCAGGUUAAGAACAGUUUCAGGUUAAGAACGGACCUCCAGAACGAAUUAAGUACUUAACCUGAGGUACCACUGUAUUCAGAAGCAGAACAAUGGAAGCAGACUAGUGACUAGUAAAGGGUAAAGGGACCCCUGACAAUUAGGUCCAGUCAUGGCCUACUCUGGGGUUGCGGUGCUCAUCUCGCUUUAUUGGCUGAGGGAGUCGGCGUCCAACUUCCGGGUCAUGUGGCCAGCAUGACUAAGCCGCUUCUGGCGAACCAGAGCAGCGCACGGAAACGCUGUUUACCUUCCCGCUGGAGUGGUACCUAUUUAUCUACUUGCACUUUGACGUGCUUUCAAACUGCUAGGUUGGCAGGAGCAGGGACCGAGCAACGGGAGCUCACCCUGUCGCGGGGAUUCGAACCGCCAACCUUCUGAUCAGCAAGUCCUAGGCUCUGUGGUUUAACCCACAGCGCCACCCGCACCCCUAGUGGCUAGUAGCCAUCAACAAAUAGCUUUCUCCUCCAUCAAUUUGUCUUAUACCCUUUUAAAGCUAUCUAGGUUGGUGGCCAUCACUGCCUUCCCUGGGAGCAAAUUUUGUAGUUUAAACUGGUGCUGCGUAAAUAAGUACUUUAUUUUAUCUGGCCUAAAUCUUCCAACAUUCAGCUUAAUUGGAUGCCUGUGAAUUCUAGUACUGUGAGAGGGAAGGAAACUCUUAUCUCCUUUCUCCUUGGCAUGCAUAAUUUUCUAAACCUCCAUAUUGCUUCUGACUUGCCUUUUCUCUAAACUUAAACGUCUCAAAUGCUGCAACUUUUCUUUGUCAGGACAUCGCUCCAUACCCUUAAUUGUUUUGGUGGCCCUUUUCUGAAGCUCCGCAAUAUCUUUCUUGUGAUGAGGCUACCAGAAUUGUAAACCGUAUUCGUGGUGCGGGAACACUAUAGAUUUGUAUAAUGCCAUUAUGAUACCAGCAGUUUAAUUUUCAAUUCCCUUCCUGAUGAUUCUUUACACGGAAUUUACCUUUUUUAUGGCUGCCACACAUGGGGUCGACAUAUUCACUGAGCUUUCUGCCAUGACUCCAAGAUCUUAUUCCUGGUCCGUCACCUCCAGUUUAGACCCCAUGAGCAUAAGUGUGAAACAGUUAUUUUUGGCCCCUCCAUGUAUCUACCCCUGUUUACAUUGAAUUGCACUUACCAUUUUACUUCCCAUUCACUCAGCUUGAAGAGGUCCUUUUGGAGUUCCUUGCAAUCUCAUUUUAAGAAGUGACUCCUAGCUCUAGAUCGUUUAUGAACAAGUCAAAAUGCACAGGUCCCAGUCCUGAUCUCUGGGGGACUCCCACUUCCUACUUCUUUCCAUUCAGAGAACUGUCCAUUUAUUCCUGCUGUUUGCUUCCUGCAACUUAGCCAAUUCCUUAUCCACAAGAUGACUUCUCCUCUUAUUCCUUGACUGCUAAGCUUAAUCAAGAGCCUUUGGUGAGGUACUUUGCCAAAAGCUUUUUGAAAGUCCAAGUAAACAAUGUAAGCCGGAUCACCUCUGCUGAUAUGCUUGCUGACACUCUCAAAUAACUAGCUUCGUGAGACAGAAGCUGUGCUGGGUUAGAAAACCCUGGUCUGUACAUGUUGGAAGCGCUUAAGGAAAAGUCUACUGCCCAGAUUGAAAUGCCACAAUUUCCAGCACAACCCCUGGUGACAAUUAAGUUUGACAAUUAAGUUCCUGAUGUUUUGCUUUUUAAUCUGCAACCCCAACUGGGCCUGUGCUCUUCUGAUGCCAUGUGACGUGUUUGAGGAGAUCUGACUCCCUCUGAUGGAAUCUUCCUGGCUCAGGGUCUUCCUGCUCUCAAGGGGUUUAUCUUCGGCCUCCUGUUUAUAUGGUUUAGUAAGAGACUGUGCAGGGAUUCAUGUGAAAGCAAUUAGCUUUGUUGCAAACCCCUUUAACAGGAGCAGAGUAAGCUCCGUGCUAAGCGAAUCCAAAUUCAGCAUCCGUGCUGUCUGUGCCAGGCAAAGCUGGAGGCUGCAGCAGCCUCUCUUGGUCAGCCAAGCAAGCAAAUGUGAGUUAUGUCUGCCCCUUGUAUCCAAGUCUGCUUUUGUAUUGACUCGUGCCUCCUGAUUGCUGGAAAUUCAGCUCUGGCUCUGCUCUUGCAAGUUUAAUUGGUAAAAUCGUCAGCUAAAGCUCUAAUUGCCUCCUCAGUGGUGGAAGACCAGGAGUGAAGGCUCUGAAAGUUAAGGGCAGGCACACAUUUUUGGUAGGUGGGGGGUUUUUUGGAAGCGAUUGCAGUUCAAUUGGAUUGUGGUCUGUUUGGCUGACAGCGAAUGGUUGCUUUUGUUUAUUGAAUUCUGAUUUCUUGCAUGCCCUUUUGUGUCUCAAAAAGGUGUCUGUAUUGAAGUUUCUGUAAUACUCAAAUUCGUUUAGAUAGGAAAGGCCAUUAAUAAACUAAAAAUGUUUUUGACUUAUUCAGUUCUGCUUUGUUAGAUCUCACCAAACCUUUUACUGUACGUAUUUUUCAAGCCCACCUUUAUGGUCUUGAGGGCUACAAGCUUCAUGUGUUUGUAAAAGCUGAAAUUCUCAAUUCUCUGCUGUGCAUGAAUUCAGCAUUCAAGCAUCCUGCCAUAGCAUGCUUGGCACCCUGAACAUAAACUGUAUUUUGCCAUUCUAAAAAGGGAAUUUCUGGUGAAUUUCUCUUUGAUAUUAAACAUUCUGAGGGCUGAAAUAGAUCCUUUGUUAUGUAAAUAGUUUUCUUUUCUCCUUUUCGGUUACUAUUUUUAUGGGGAAAACACUUUUUGAACCAAAGUGCAGCAGCCAAAUAGUUUCUCUUGCAAAAAAAACGUUUAGCCUUGGUCACUGUGAGAGAUUUUUCCACUGGCAAAUGUAGGGCUUCCUCUUGCGGGAGAAUCCAUAGCAGUCAUCAUCCUUAUGGGGCCUGCCAGCUUGCUCUGCCUCUCCCCUGACUGUUUUGUCUGGCAUUUGGAAAAGCAGCAGCUAAAGGCUUGGAACAUGGAGAGUACGGAAGGCAAACCUGUAGGAGACAGUGUGUGCAAGGGUACAUACGUUGUGUUUCAUUUCCCCAGUCUUCACUCGGGUGAGCAAUCUGUUACUUUCAUAUAAUAUAUUUAUAAAAUAUAAUUCAAAAAUACCACAGAUGCAUCCAAACAUAAAAACCUAAUAAUUGUAAUGAAACAUUAUCAUCCCGGGAGCUACCUACCUAAUUGGCAUUUGCAUUUCUAUUUUUUGGUAAAUACGGACAUGCGCAGGAUAAUGCAUUAAUAAGCUUGGCAGAGAAUACCUGGAAGGAAUACUGUAUACUUACCAAUAUCUCUGUUAUAUUGCUUCAUCUAGUUAAUAAGUGGUACUCUUAGCUGCUCAGUAUUGCUUAUUUUAUCUGCCAUAUAUAUAUAUAUAUAUAUAUAUAUAUUCUGGGCCUUCAGUAAUAUCUGUUGCAGCUGAACAUAAAAAUCAGAAAAUGAUAAAAGCAUCAGAUAAACCACUAUAAAUAUAACACAUGGGUGGCUAUUUAGACCCCUGUGACAUGCAAUAUCUCCUGCCGGUAACUGACAGCUCCUGUGCCAGUUUAUUUCCUGGUCAGAGGAAAGACCUAUAGGCAUGUCAAGGCAGGGAUGCAAACAUUAAAGACAAGAGCCUUCUGGUUCCUGGGAAUCCAGUGAUUGUGCAUAGACAAUCCCAUGCCACUGCCUGCAAGAUCAGAUCACCAUCUGGGGCCGUCUCCCAGUCUUGGUAUCUGUUCUCCAAAGGGAGCCUUAAUGCUCUCUCUUCCCCAUCUCUCCAGCUAUCAAGGGUUAUUAGACUUUUCUGCUGUUCAGAACCAGGCAGCUGGCACUCCCCUGUUGUGGUCAUUGACUUAUUUGUUUGCUUAAGGUGUUUCUGCACUCCCCCCCCCCCCGGAGGGGUUUACAAUGUAGUGCUUUUUGUGUUUCUGUCUGCGUAAGGCCCAGAGCUGGGUUCCGUCAUCCGUCGUUCCAUAGGCAGCUUUUAACAGCCAUUGCACCAUUUCCCCAUUGCACAUUUCCUUGGUGUGUCCAGAAGAUCAAAAGAUCGCUGUGGCCCAGAUGCCCGAGUGGGCAUGUAACCUGCCUUGGGACACUGCAGUUGGGAUGCUUCUGAGCUGACUGAUGUUUCUGUCCCUGUGCCUUCAGGGAGGGGCUGAACACAGCCAAUGCGCGUGGAAACCUUUUGAAGGGACCUUGAUACUGCAGCUGCUAUUAUUCUUUUUUUUAUACAUUUUUAUUAAUUUUUCAACAUAUCAUUUCCAACAAUCAUUUAACAUAACUUCUUAUCUUAUACAAUAUUUUAGACUUCCAUCAACAACCUCUGAAGAUUUUCCGUUCUUUAUCACUUAUUCUGCAUUUCUUAAUUUCUCUAUUACUUUUAAUUAUCAUUAACUAAUAGUUCUCUUCACAGUCUUCGUUGCAAUAUUUCACAUAAUCCUCCUUACAGAACUUCUUGCAGCCCUACUAGUGUAAUCUGUUUAUUACAGUUGCUUUUCAAAUAAUUCAAAUAUUUACCCCAGUCUUCUAAGAAUCUCUGGUCCCGCAGGUUUCGAAUCUUUCCUGUUAAUUUAUCUAAUUCUGCAUAGUCCAUUGCUUUCAUUUGCCACUCUUCUUGCUUCCAUUUUUGUGCCAGUAGUAGUCUUGCUGCCGUUAUUGCAUAUAAAAACAAUUUACAGUCCUGUUUGUUAAUGUCCUCACCUACAAUGCCAAGUAAAAAUGCUUCUGGAAAUAUAAAUGUAUAUUUCAACAUCUUUUUCAUCUCAUUAUAUGUCAUUUCCCAGAAGUUCCCUGCAGCUGUAAUUAUUCUCAUCCAUGUACAGUAAUCUUUGGUAGGGCUGCUUUCAUUCAUGAUUUCACAGUGUGUGGACAGAAGAAACUGAUAUGUAACACCUGCCAGGCUAAGAAUCUUGAGUUGCAUUUAAGAAGGACCCAAGUUCCUAAGAGAUGUGCUUGCAGCAUUUUAUAACAAGAUUUGCAUCUGUGUAGGAAAUAGAUGUUGUUAAGUAAUGGAAUAUCAACUCCAGUGUGGGUCAAUUGCUAUUUACUCUCCCAACAUUAUGAGGGAUGUUCACAAGUGUCUGCCUUCUCUUGCUCCAGAGGGAGCUCCUUGCAAUUUGUCCCUCUGGACAAUUAGUAUUUUAUUGGUCUCAUUAUGUUCCUAUUUCAUUUAGGCUUUGAAAGUGUUCAAGCAUCAGCUGGCACACUCUUGAAGUGUAGUUGGUUUGGGGUACCACAUGAGUUCUAGUCACUGGGGGCAAAGUGACCCCCCCAAGACAAUUUCUUCCUGGAACUAAUAGAAGGAUGGGUAUAUUCCCUUCCAGGGAGUCAGAUGUAUUCUGAGAGAAGAAAGAUGAGCUUAUAGAUAUGAGAAAAAUAAACAGAAUCAAUGAUGAAUGCAGCAAAAUUCACAGAGGGCACAGAGUUUCAUUUAUACAGAGACUUUGAGUUAUGUGGCGCAGAGUUUUAGCUGUUCUUUAGUGCAUGUCUUUUUAAUUUGGACAAACGAGAUGUUGUGAUGGAGCCUAGCCUGUGCUCCCAGUACCCUCAUAAGGCUCUGUUAUUUUGGCAGAUGAGUUUGGCCUUGUUUGGGCGUGACAUAUGGUGUCCCAUGAUGCUGGAAGUUUAAGUCUCGCCUCAGCUGCGAAAGUGGCAAGGUUUUUUUCUCUCCACGUCAGCCCUCUCAUUUGCGAUAUGCAGAUAACGCUACUGGCAUUGGGUUCUUGUAGUAAGUCACGGGUUUCCAGCCUUUUUGGCCCAUGGGCACAUUUGCAAACUGGAGAAACUGUGGUGGACAAUACUAGAUGUACAUGCAUCCUGUGACCAAACACACCCCACAGCUACCAUAGGAUGCUUCUUUCAAGCCUAAUCUCUGGGGCAGGGAAGGGAGGGCACCAGGGAAGGCCUCUGUGGGGAUCAGGUUGGUAGCCCAUGUCAAGCGUUUGAAAUACUAUUAUUUAUUAAUUUUAUAUCCCGCCCUUCCUCCCAAAGGAGCCCAAGGCGACACCAUGCACAGUAGCGCUAAAACAAUACAGCUAAAAAUAGGAAGCUGAAAACCACUUUAAAGCCUCUAAAACAUUUAAAAGCAAUCACAUACCCCUCACAGCUAGUAAUCUCAAGGUUGCUAGGAACAGUAUCUUUGCCAUCAAAUGCCUGGAAGACAGACGUACCUCACCAGGGUGGGCAUCGCAGAAACUGCCUCCAAGAAGGCUCUGUCGCGGUCAGUGCCAACUGGGAAGCAGCCAAUGGCAGCACUGCGCUUGCCACUGACUGCCUUCGAAGACAGAACCGUGGCUUAGCUAGCCUGGGUUGGUGAGGCUGUUUUUUGUGACAUGAGGCCAGGUGAGGGGACCCUCCUCUGCCAGUUACAGACAGCAGGGCAGCAGUUUGUCAUCCGAGGCCCUUCUCUAUGUCCCUUCUCCCUGAGAGGUUUGGAGGGUGGCAACAAGAGAAUGGGCCUUUUUUGUGGUCACCCCCUGUCUGUGGAAUACUCUCCCCAGGGAGGCUCGCCUGGCACCAUCAUUACAUGUCCUUAGGCACCAGGCAAAAACGUUCCUCUUUACCCAGGCCUUUAGCUGUUAAAUAAUAUUUGCCCUGUUAAAGCUAUCAUUAGGAUUAUUUUAUUGCUAUGCUGUCUGUUAUUAUGCUUUUUACAGUCAAACCUCGGUUUUCAAACGUCUCAGCUGCCAAACACCGGAAACCCGGAAGUGAAUGCUUCUGUUUUUGAUCACGCCUUGGAAGUCAAAUGGCUUCCAAGGCGUAUUUUUCAUUUUUUUCUGUUGACUUUGCAGCCAGCCCCUUGAUCCUCGGUUUUCAAACGUUUCAGGAGUUGAACGGACUUCCGGAACGGAUUAUGUUCGAAAAUCGAGGUUCCACUGUAUUAUGUUUUUAUUAUUGAUGCUCUGUAAAAUGUGUUCGUAAUGUUGUACAGCACCCUCGGAUCUUUUGAUGUUAUCAUUGUUACUAUUACUAUUUAUUUGAUUUAUAAUAAUUGUUGGAAAGAUCCAGCCCAUGGGCCACAGUUUUUCAGAUUUUUCUCUUGCGCAGGCCCAUUGAAGUGAAUGGAAUCUGUGCACAGCAGGGUUGCCCCGUGUUAGCUAGCAGGGAUUCCAUUUGGAUUUUCUGCCUGAGCCACCGGAGUGCCUUGACUACCUUUCAACAAGCUCUCAUGCAUGUUCCUUUCCCCCCUAAAUCUUCUAGGUCCGAAGAAGAGUGGACAGAAGCCAUGCCUGCCGCCAGGGGAUCACCUUGCUAGGACCUUGCUCGUGUUGCUUCCUCGGUAUCGCAAAAGCCAGAAGCAGGGAAGGCAGAGGCGGCUGCACACCAUUCCUGUUCCCCCUCGUGGAGGGGGGGCAGGGAGGAGGAAGUGGAGGCUGCAUUAA